AUCUCUACAUAUAUUGAAUAAUGGAAGCUCAGAAUGAUAUUUCAAGAGAAGCUGUGCUUGUUCCCUCAGAAGCAGUCCCUGAAGGAACACCAGUGGUUCAAGGCUAUGACUACAACAAUGGCAUUGAUUACCAUAAGCUCUUGGAAACCUACAGAUAUUCAGGAUUUCAAGCAACUAGUUUUGGUUGUGCAGUAGAGGAGAUCAAGAAAAUGAUUUCUUGUAGAGCACCAUUUAGUAGACUGCCUUGUUACAACUGCAGGAGGUGUAGAAGAAGAUCUCAUAAAAUGUCUAGCCCCAACUUACCUUGGUGAUUGGUAUUUGAAAGGAAAGGAAUUACGAAUGAAAGGGCUCAAUCGGAUUGGCAACCUCAUUGUGCCAAAUGAUAAUUAUUGUAAAUUUGAGGAUUGGGUAACACCGCUACUAGACAAAAUGCUCGAAGAACAGCAGUCUAAGGGAAUAGUCUGGUCACCAUCUAAAAUAAUUGCACGCCUAGGUGAAGAAAUAGGCGAUCCUUCCUGCAUUGCGUAUUGGGCUGCUAAGAAUAAAAUUCCAAUUUUUAGCCCUGCAUUGACUGAUGGUAGUCUUGGAGAUAUGAUGUAUUUCCAUAGCAUAAAGAAUCCAGGCUUGAUUGUUGACAUUAAUUCUGAUCUGAGAAGACUCAAUCAGUUUGCCAAGAAAUCUUUAAACACUGGUAUGCUGAUAGUAGGCGGGGGAAUUAUCAAGCACCACAUAUGUAAUGCUAAUCUAAUGAGAAAUGGUGCUAAUUUUUCAGUGUUUCUGAAUACUGCAAGUGAAUGGGAUGGCAGUGAUAGUGGUGCUCGACCAGAUGAAGCAGUCUCUUGGGGAAAGAUUAAAAUGGAUUCAACCCCUGUUAAAAUCUAUGGGGAAGCAUCAUUUGUAUUCCCAUUGUUAGUUGGAGAAACAUUUGCUGAGCAUCAUCACAGGAAAAAGGCAGCACAGUAAAAGCUGGAUAUAUGAAUAAUUUUCUAUGUUUGGAACAUAUUAAAUUGCUAUCAUGAUGGUUUGUAUUUACUUCCAUAUCCAUAAUGUGUAUGCAAUAAUGACUGCAUUACAAUAAUAUUUAUGAGUACAUAUUUAGAGGUACAGGCACAUUCCAUAAUGCACACCCAGGCCCAGAACAAGUCAACACUAUAUAUAUAAUCUUAAUGGUGAAAACUAGGGAACAGCUAUACAAAAACACAUAACUAAACUGAAAAAUAUAUUUACUCUCUCAUUUAAAAUGUAUCAUUACUGUAUGGGUCACAAAACAUGUUUAUACUUAGUUACAUUCAGAUGGGAUAGUGUAAUAUUUGCUUCAACUUUUAACAAUUUGUGAAGUAAGAAAUGAAUAUCAGAUGAUACAUAAAAAUAUAAGAAAAACAUUUCCUGUUAAACUUCAGUGAGCUUAUAAAAUCAGAAGAGUAAUAUCCCUUGUUUUAAAUAGGGUGCUUGGCUACUAAGUUUCUCAGUACAAGUCAGUGCUUUCAGUAAAUGUAUAUGUAAUAAAAUAAAUUCAAUACAACAUAUGAUUGCACUCUACUUACAUAACUCUGUAUGUAUGUGUGGGGGGAGGGGUUCUCUCUCUCUUAAGUGGAGCCAGUUGAGUUGCUACUCAAAUUACAAAAUAACCUGUAUUGUGUUUUUUGUAAGAAACAAAAGCAUUGUUGGAUUGUUAUCAAAGCACAUAUUACUGGA